AUGAACAUGCAGAAAAUCGGUGUUCGGUGAAGAUACCAGCCGACUAGACAUUUUCGUUGAACAAACUAUAUAAAGGGAAUGCAAACAAAACUCGAAAAAAAAGCUUAAUCACAGAACAACUAGUGCAACUAGGAAAACAGGACCAUGUGUGAAACCAAAGAACAACAAUUUUGGAUUAUGUGCUGAAAUCCAUGACUCAAAAUUGUAAUGAUCCAAUUUCAUGGGACCCCUUUUUGCCUUGUCCCUUUAGUUCAAAGUAAACUUGCAUUGUAAGUUGACUUUAUAAAUGUUUGAAAAGUCUGGUUAACUUUUAUGCAAAUCCUUACAAGAAAAUAAGGUUUAUAAAUGAACAAGUGUAGCAAACUGAGAUAAUAAUCUUUAAUCUUGAAAAAAUAUUCUCCGAUUAUAAUAAUAUGGGAAGAGUUCAAGCGACGGAGGAAGUCGAAGCUACGGUCACAGGCGAACCGGUGACAUCAUCAUAUCCUCAAAACAAUCAAACAAGACAGCCACCGUUUGUCGGAAUUCCAUGGAGCAGUGGAUUCUUCGACUGCCACAAAGACCAAACUAAUGCUGUCAUGACGGCGUUUUGCCCAUGCGUGACGUUCGGACAGAUAGCAGAGGUGGUGGAUGAAGGACAAAUGAGUUGCCACGUGGGAAGUUUCAUAUACAUGCUAAUGAUGCCGGCAGUUUGGUCACAGUGGCUAAUGGGAUCGAAGUACAGAGAGACGAUUCGGAAUAGAUACGGAUUAGUCGAAGCUCCGUAUCAAGAUGCGGUUUCGCAUAUUUUCUGUUCUUGUUGCUCCCUUUGUCAGGAAUUUAGAGAGCUCAAGUACAGAGGCCUUGAUCCCGCUCUCGGAUGGAAAGGGAUUAUUGCAGAGCAGCAGCAGCAGCAGAUGAACCAAGCUCCCACAUUUCAAGUUAUAUCUUAAGUGAAGACUAUAAAUAUAAAGACUGUUGUUGUUUUCUUGAUGUACUAAGUUUUUUUCAUGGUUUAUUAUUUGCUUCAUUUUGUAAUAUUGUUUGUCCACAUCAUAUGUUGGAACGAAAUUUCCGAAUUCUGCCCAUUCUGAUCCGAAAUUAUCUGAUUUUGGAACAAUAUUAUACAAUUCGAAUUCCGUUUUUCCGACAUUGUUUAGAUCGGAAUUGAAAUAUAUAUGAGAUUUUGAUUUCCGAUCCAA